CUUGCAAUUCACUAGCUAUGCAAAUUGCUAUCAUUCUUAGCUAUUCAGUCCCAAUCUAUGCAUAUCAUUACUAUGCAUGGAGGGAGAAUUGAGCCAUGGAUUUAAGCAAAUUAAUCUUAAGUAUGGCACAUGCUCAACCAUCAAUUAUCCAUCCAGAAUUGAUGCUACCCACAACAAAUAGCUAUGUUAUUUCUGACAGAACCAUUUCAUCAGUCGCUAGCUCUACUCCACAUGUUCCCACCAUACUUUGUGUAGUCUGUGGUGAUCAGGCAGCAGGAAAAUAUUUUGGUGCACUGAUUUGCGAAGCCUGCAAGAGCUUCUUUAUCCGCAGCACAAAGAAGGGAGAGCCAAAAUUCAAAUGCUCGAACAAUGGACUUUGCACAAUAACGCCAACGUCCAGGCUGCUGUGCCAGUGCUGCAGAUACCAGAAGUGUUUAGAGGUGGGCAUGUGUCGGAAAGUUAAAGAGAACUCAAAAGAGCCGGCAAAUUGCGAUCAGAUCCUCUGUAAAGUGUGCAAUGAUGUGUCGUCUGGGAUCCAUUUUGGAGUGUACACGUGUGAAGGAUGUAAAGGUUUCUAUCGCCGGAGUUUGCGUGAUAGCAGCAAUUACACAUGUGUUGACAAUAAACAGUGCAACAUCACACCAUCAACGAGAAACGUUUGCCGAUAUUGUCGUUUCCAGAAAUGCUUGGAAGUUGGCAUGUCUCGUUCAGGUAUCAAAUUAGGCAGACACCAGAAGUAUGACACUGCACAGUAUGCAGGUGCAGGAGGGCCACCACAAUUUUUGGAAAAUAACUUACCUAUUACGAAAAGUGCAAAAAACAACAUCCCAGUUCCAAGACUGGAAAGCUAUUCCCAAGAAGAUGCGGAUGAUCUAGAGAUUUAUCUUAGAGACACAUUCCUCAUGGAUCUUCCCGGCUUUGGGGAUUACUCUGGAGGUUAUGUCCUAUCAGAACCGACUAAUGCACUAGAGGAAACUGAAAUUGCUGUUUUUGAAGCCUUGUCUGACCCAAGGAAUAUGAUUCCUCAUGAGCAUCAAGAUGUGUAUAACCAAAAUAUUCCUGCUAAAAUGUGUGAAAUGCCACACAUGGAGCCCUCUGUUGAUGCAAGUCAUUGUUUAACACACGAUUUGAUGAACAGUAGUCAUUUCUGUGAUCCAUUGCUACCAUACCAGAGGGAGAAUUUUUAUCAACUUGAUUCAAAGUUGAGAGGUCAUGGACAAUAUCACAGCAAUGGUUCUUCGAUGAAGCGUAAACCUGUAAACUGGAGCAGUAUGGAAAAGUUUUCUGGUUACAUUGAAAACAACACACCACCUACUUCAUUGCAUGGCUCGCCGCGGAAUUCACCAAUCCUGUUUCCGUUGCAUCAGGAAGAGUAUGGUAAUCUACCUCCGUCUAUAAGAUGUCACCAAAGUGAUCUUUUUGAUCCGAGGUGGCUUAUUCAAGAGAAACCAUUGCAAUUUAUGGAUAGUGAAGCAGGGAUUCAAAUGGCAACGGGUUAUAAAAACGUUACUUAUAAUCAUGCGUUACAAACAGCACAAUUGUAUCAUGAUGUGAUCGGCAGAAAUGUGCCUCAUCAGGGACCAACUAAUAUUAAGACUGAAGAGCAGACACAGUCAAGAACAAAUAACUCAGUACCCAGUGCUGAACAUAGUUCAUACAAAGUCAAGGUGAAAUCACACAAAAGCAAUAUUGAUAGUAGUCCUGAUAGUUGUGAGUCAUAUGAUAGUACGGAGCAAGUGACGGAGUAUGCAGUCGAGUUGGAGAAAGAUGCUUCAUAUGUAGGUUUUGUCCGUUCUCGGCUGCAGGAUAGCCAAUUGUGUGAUGUGGUGCUUAGUCCAGGUAUGGAAGAGAUGCGUAAACAGCGAUUAACAAAACUUGACACAUUUCUGAUGGAUACUGAUAUGUUUGACAUAUCUAAAGCAUUUGAAGACCUCACUCUUAUCUUCAAUAUGUUCGAAAAUUCACCAGAACACCAGAAGGCCACUCGCAUGUUGUCUCAGUUUGUUGGGAAGCCAGACCCUCAUGACAAGAACUGGAAGAUGUUCCAACAGAGGCUAUCAAAGUAUAUUGCUUCCUCCAUCAUUUUUGCUAAGAAAAUCCCUGAUUUCCAGAAAAUGGAUGUCAAUGAUAAAAUGGCUCUGAUCAAAUCCGGUACAUUCCUUAUGAUUCUUAUCCAGUUGUCAUGGAAGGAUGACAAGAAGUUUGAGUGGUUUGCAGACACAUUUUUGACUGUAGAAGUCCUUCGUGCCUUCACUGCAGGGAUGGAGGCUGAGACAAGAAAAUUUCGAGAAGACCUGAAGAAUGCCAAGCUGGAUGGCAUAGAAAUUGCUUUAGUAACUACUCUUGUUGUGCUAAACCCAGAUAUUCCAAAACUUGUGAAUCCAUUAAGUGUAUUGGAUAUUCAUUCUAGAUUCAGAGAAAUCUUAAAGAAAUAUUGCUUUGGUAAGUAAAAAUUGUUCUAUUAUAUUUGUAAUCCAUAAAACUAUGAGAGGAUAUUGAAUAUUAAGUGUUGA